AGACGAAAACGCCCUCCACCCACCGUGAAAUUUUCAACAGCUUUAUAAAAACCAGACCCCCCAUUGUCUCUCGAGUUUACUUUUCCAUUCCCCAGGCGCUCUCUCUCUCUCUCUCUCUCUCUCUCUCUCUCUCUCUCUCUCUUUCUCUCUCUAAAAGAACAAUUUAAUUGUCCAGUUACUAUAUAUGAAACUUAUGGUGGAAGAGAGCUCUAUAGAAGAAUCACAGUUGUAUACCAACUGGAAUGAUGUCAUAUGCCCCAUAUGCCUAGACCACCCCCACAAUGCAGUUCUUCUCCAAUGCUCGUCUUACUCCAAAGGGUGCCGCUCCUUCGUGUGCGAUACGGACCAUCUCCACUCCAACUGCCUGGUCCGUUUCAAACAGGCGAACGGUAUGCCACCUGGCCCACAAGCCCCGAUUUCCUCCGAUAAUCCAAAGCUUGUAGAAGAUUCGGGAUCCGACACCAAACCCUUUUGCCCCCUCUGCAGAGGAGAAGUCACGGGUUGGAUUGUGGCCGAAAAGGCCCGCGAGAAUUUAGAUAUCAAGAAACGUUCUUGUGAUGAGGAAAAAUGCCGAUUUUCCGGCACGUUUAUCGAGCUUCAAAAGCAUGCAAAAUUAGAGCACCCGCAAUCAUGCCCUUCGAAAAUCGACCCCGCCCGCCAGCUGGACUGGGAGAAUUUCCAGCAGUCGUCGGAGAUAAUCGAUGUUCUGAGCACCAUCCAUUCGGAGGUGCCACGUGGAGUGGUUUUGGGUGAUUACGUGAUUGAGUAUGGGGAUGAUUAUUCGGAGGAUGAUUUCGAGAACUUUCGUGGGGAGGGUGGGAACUGGUGGACUUCUUGCAUGCUAUAUCAGGUGUUUGAUAAUUUUAGGGCGUCCAGGAAUAGGAGGAGAUCGAGGGUGGCCGAUUCUAGAAGAGGGAACAGGCGUUUGAGUUUCGAUGCUUCGAAUUCGGACGAGGGUUCUGUUUCGUCUGUGGAGUACGCAGAUUAUAGACUUGACGAGGUGGAAGAUGAGUUUGCUAGUGCGAGGAGAUUAUCUAGAGGAAGAGCUGCCCAACAAAGCUCUCGUAGGCGCCGCUCCCGUUUUUAUGACAACUAGAAUAGAGUUCAUUAUAGCUGUGGAAUGGAAAAGGAAAGCUUAUUACAACAUCUUGGUUCAGUCGAAAGUGGACACAAGUCGAUGUUGGCACUGUUAAAUGACAUGUAAAAAUACUUGGAUUGCCCUUCGUUUUUCGGUCACUUUUUUUUUCCUUCGUUUCGGAGGAUUAUUUCGUAUUUGGAAUUUAAUGUGCAAUAAUUAUUUGUUCAAUGUUUUCUUGUUAAUAUUUUGUUGACAAACUUAGCUUAAGCUUAUUCGAUGAUCAAAUCGAAUUCAACAAUUGAUAGGAUCUAGUCUUCUGCCUGUUCUGAUAAUGUAUCGUAGCCAAAUUUAUUUAUUUAUUAUUUGGCUUCAUCAUAGACCAUUAAUAUUUUGCCAGU